AUGACAGCAGCCACAGCGUCAUUCCGUAGCCGGGCCCAACAACUUCGAAGCUUCACGGUGCCCAAGCGCGAGGCCAUCUACCCCACGCUCAAGGACAAGGUGAUUCUCGUCUCUGGUGGCGCAGGCGGCAUCGGCAAGGAAACCGCACGCCUGCUAGCGGCGUCCGGCGCAAAGAUCUCGCUCGCAGACUUCUCGGAAAAGCCCCUGAACGACUUCGCCGCGGAGCUGCGCGACACUUUCUCGGGUGUGCAGGUGUUGACGUCGGUCGUCGACGUGCGCAAGCAGGAGAGCGUCGAGAGCUGGAUCUCGCAGGCCUGCUCCGACUUUGGGGGCGCCAGGAUCGACGGCGUGGCCAACCUCGCGGGCGUGCUGCCCAAGAACUCGCUCGCCAGCUCGGCCAGCAUCGAGAACGUGACCAACGAGGUCUGGGAGCAGUGCAUCGGGGUCAACCUGACGGGCUUGAUGUACUGCAUGCGCGCGCAGAUCCCGCGGAUGAACGACCACGCGAGCAUGGUCAACGCGGCCAGCGUCGCGGGCGUCAAGGGCUAUGGCAACUCGGCGGCGUACGGGGCUAGCAAGUUUGGCGUCGUUGGGCUGACGAGGUGCGCGGCGCAGGAUGUGGGAAAGGACCGGGGCAUCCGGGUCAAUGCUGUGGCGCCUGGCACGGUGCGGACGCCCAUGCUCACAGAUCUGGGCAUGUGCCUUGGCGAGCUCAAGGACAACCCCGUCAUGCCCGGCUCGCUCAACCGCGACGGCAUGCCCGAGGAGAUUGCCGCGCUCAUCGUCUGGCUGCUCAGCUCGGAGUCUUCCUUUGUGACCGGUGCCAUCUACUCGAUCGACGGCGGGCAUACCACGUAG